UCUUUUCCUGAAAAUUUAUUUUCUUGUGACCCCUCCUAACUCGAGUCUCCCUCUCCCCCACUCGAUUAGGGUUAGGGUUUUUGAGAAUCUGCGAAUCAUGGAUCUAACGAAGAAGCGAAAGCUCGACGAGAAUGGCGGCGGAUUGUUCCCUGAUGGCGUCCCUGGUCCAAUUAGAUUAACGCCUCAGGACGCUCGGAAGAUCAUCGAGCGGUUUUCCACUGAACAGAUGCUCGACAUCUUGCAGCAAGCUGCCGUUUGCCAUCCAGAUGUUCUCGAAGCCGUUCGCUCGACCGCCGACUCUGACAUCGCUCAGCGGAAGCUGUUCAUCCGUGGCCUCGCGGCGGAGACCACGACCGAGGGUCUUCGGUCGCUUUUCUCUACUUACGGUGAUCUUGAAGAGGCUAUUGUGAUUCUGGAUAAGGUAACGGGGAAAUCCAAAGGGUAUGGUUUCGUCACUUUUCGGCAUGUCGAUGGAGCCUUGCUCGCGCUGAAGGAGCCAUCCAAAAAGAUAGAUGGUCGUGUGACAGUCACGCAGCUUGCGGCUGCUGGGAAUCAAGGUACGACAACUAACGUUUCUGACAUUUCGAUGAGGAAGAUCUAUGUUGCAAACGUGCCGUUUGACAUGCCGGCCGAUAGGCUUUUGAAUCACUUCCUGGCUUAUGGGGAUAUUGAAGAGGGUCCAUUGGGCUUCGAUAAAUUGACUGGUAAAUCAAGGGGCUUUGCUUUGUUUGUCUACAAGACAUCCGAAGGGGCACGAGCGGCACUUGCUGAUCCGGUGAAGGUAAUUGACGGGAAGAAUUUGCACUGUAAAUUGGCUAUAGAUGGUAAGAAAGGGAAGCCCGGGAUGCCACCGGCUCAGGAUGGUGUUGUUCAGGGAGGUUCCGGGCCUGGGCAUGUUCACGGUGAUGGAAUGGGGAUGGUUCCUCCUCCCGGACCAUAUGGUGCUGGUGGCCGACCUGGUGGUCCUGGUGGAAUGGGUCCUUACGGUGGAUACUCGGGACCGCCGCCACCGCUUCACAUGAAUUCUGCUCCGUCCUCCAUGGGUGUUGGUGCUGCUGGGGCUGGUGGAUAUGGAGGGACUGGGUACGGUGGACAUUAUGAUGGGUAUGGUGGUCCAGGUUUGGGGGGUUAUGGUGGUGCUGGUGCUGGAUCAAUGGGUGGUGCUGGCGGUGGAUAUGGUGGAUCUGGUGCCGGUGGUGGGCCGUACAGAAUGCCACCGAGUUCAAUGCCUGCUGGUGGUUACCCCGAAUCUGGACAUUAUGGGUCAUCAACCGCAUUUCCUGGUCAGCAUCAUCAGCCUGUUGGGACCUCCCCGGUGCCUAGAGUUCCUCUCGGUGGGAUGUACCCCAAUGUCCCACCAAAUUACUGAAUGGCAAGGUUCGUGACAGCAUGUUGGGGGAAGAUGCUUGUUGUGCUUAAUGGUGAUUGCCUGAUUGCAGCCACUUAGUCUCUGGAUUGAUGAAUGUGUUCAAUGUGCUUUGACCUCUCUGCACUUGAUCUGAAUGUGCUUUUGGAUUCUGAGUGCCUGGUUGCUAAAUGACUGACUAGAGUAGUAUAUCUUGAUGUACUCUUUUUUUUUUUAAAUCUCAGAGAUACUAGCAGCAGAUGGAUUUUUGUUUGUUGAUUUGUGAGUUUUUUAAUAAUCUCUUGUACUCCGCCCCCGGUGUUUUUCUGGCUUAGUUUCCAACUUUUCUACUUGUGGCUGACUGUGUAGUUGUCUUCUGCAUCUUCUACACCAGUGCUAAGCUGGUUUUGAUGUUUGAGGAGUGCUUUUACCGUCAACAGAAUGUUUAUAUGCUUUCGGUGACAUAAAUGGCAGUAGGUAUAACCUUUGCUAUGUGAUCAUCUGAUUGGUGGUGUACGAAUAACGGGUGUUUGCUGUAUGGGGUUCUUGCGGGGUUGCUUAGGCUGUUGUGAUCACAGCGAGCUAGUUUUGUAUUGGAGAAUCUAUGAAGCAGAUUCGAUUUUAAAGAAUGUGCACUUGGUGUAAGAUCUGCUUGAGUUUUUUUUUUUUAUGUGGGUAGGAACGAGCCAUUGUUGCCCAUUAUUGUUGUUGUUUGAUACAACUUGGUAGCUGGCGUUACACUGCUGAGUAACAUGAUGAAACUUCAAUUCAUGUUGAAGAUGAUGUGGCUUUUGGAGAUUCCGUGGCAUUCAGAAAUUUGCAUACUCGUGAUGGGAAAAAGAUUCUAAUGGGUGAUGAUGAUGAUGAUUGGUAGGAACUUGGUUCAUAUUCGUGGUUGUUAGAAGAUAGCAUAGAUGCUUGCUCUGGCUUGAUAAUUGUGAGCCACACGCCGGAAGGAAUCGUCCAUAGUCAUUUGCUAACGCUAACUCUUGAUGCCUCGUUUUUGUUUUCUUCUGUGUCGGGGCAAAAUACCGAUGCUCUUUCGCAACAACACGGUGGGAGCGGGCCAUCCAAUGGACGGAAAAUGCCCCCUGAGAUGACAGUGGGAGUCGGGUGGGUGGUGACCGACCGACCGACCAGGACUAGAGUGACGAUGGUGAACCCUCCACUCUUGUAAUAUUAGAACCUAUGUUUUGGAAUCCGAUACGUUAUCUAAACAUAGAGUGAGUGUAUCGUUACGACUACAGGAUCUCUCUCAGGUUGCGGUUUAUCGGAGCUAUAUUCAAUUAUUUGUUUUUUUUUUUGUAUUUUAAAAAAACAAACUGUGUUUAACGUUCCAUCGUAGGAGUAAGUAUAGUCGUUGACCGAAUUUUCAGAUAUA